UGAUUGGUCGUUUACAGACGCGUAUUGAUGAGGUUGCAUGAACGCAAACUUUACACGCCUGGUUCCUGUGUGUUUAGUGUUUGUGAAACAUUAAGCGCAUUUAAGGUUUAUCAGGCCUAUCUGAACUGAAACACAAUGAGUAAAAAGGGUAAUGUAUCAUGGGUGAAGCCAGCCGAACCAUCUUUUUUGAAGAAAUUCAAGAAUGACGUUGGUUUUAAAGAAGGGCCUACGGUGGAGACUAAAAAGCAGCAGAUGCCGCAGUUUGAUGAUGACAGUGCUGACAGUGAUCGGGAGGACGAGAUGCCGCAGGUCGUGGUUUUAAAAAAGGGAGAUUUGAGUGCCGAAGACGUUAUGAAAAUCAAAAAAGAUACAGAGGACUCGAACAAAGAUGAACAGCCUCCACCAGAUGGAAAGAUCGUCUUUAAGAAGCCUGUCAAACGCUCCUCUGAUAAAUUCGAAGGCAUUACUGCCAGCUCUAGCAAGAAGAAGAGAAGUGAGGAUGGUGAGACUAAAGAGUCAAAAGCUGGUGUGAAGGUGAAGAACAACAGCCUGCUGUCUUUUGGUGAUGAUGAUGAGGAGGAAGACUAGUUUGGCAGGGAGACAAGCAUCUCUUUGAGUCAGGUUGUCUCUUGGACUGGUUCUUGCAAAGACCAAUCUGCUGUUUUAUAAAUAUAUUUGUGUGUGUAAAAUAGAUGUUUGUGAGAAUGGUCCAACUCAUGCAGUUUAUUUGUUAUGAUAAUAUUUUGUAAAACACGUGAGUCAUUAUGAGCCUCUGGAGCAUUGUUAAUAGCAGGUAGGAAGUAACAAUAUGAGAUGUCUUUUGCAAUAUCAUAAUUGUCAUUAAUGACACUUUUUAAAGACUGUGAUGAUAAAUGUAUGGACAACAAGAGAAACAAAAACACCUGGGUCAAUCAGAAAUGCAAAUAUGAUAGAAUACAGAACAUAGAAGUUUAUUUCAAAGAGGUUCUUAAGUGUUUCAUAGAAAUGAAACUGUCCUGUUGGGAGAUUUCAAACAGGAUGUUCAUAUAUGGCUUCUAUAAAGGAGCUGUGCAGUUUCCCUUUUUUAUUGUUGUUUUAGGUUUUGACACUCAAAUUCCCUGAUUCUGGGACUUUUGGAGUUGUAUUUUAUUAUACAUUGUGUCACAUUUUGAGGAAAGUAAACAACUUGCAUUCUGGAAUAAAAUGUUUGUAACCAUCAUUUAUCUUGUGCUGCAACUGAUCAAUUCUGAAAAAG